GAUUUGCAAACAGGAUGGCUGAGAUGGUUUAUGCUGUGACGAGGAUGCUUCUGUUAUAUUUUAUCAGAUCAGGCGUAAAUGGAAAAGAUGAUCGGAUGUUUUUAAGAAGGACUUUUGAUACAUUUCCAUGUGAUAAUAUUUGCUAUGACAUCUGGCAUUUCAACACAAGAGGGAGAAAUUAUUACUUUGCAGUAGUUCAUAAUGCAGAAAUCCAGACGUCUAACCCUGAGGAUGAUGGCUCAAAGUGUUUUCUACAUUUCAAAGUGGAUGAUGGACAUCUUCGGUGCCAAAAGAAUCCAGCAGCUUCAGAUUUAAUCCUUGCACCUGGAGAGAAAUUGUCGCUGCAGUGUGUACUUCCCACCCACCUCAGGCAUAAACACUGUAAUAAUCAGCAGUCAUACAUCAGCCUGAUGUGGGUGGAUGAAUCCAGCUCCAAAGUAAUCCCAGACUCCCAACUCCAGAUACAGCAGAGGUCUCCCUGUGAUGUCACCCUGACUAUAGCGCUGCAGAGUCCCGCAAGCAGGAGGUUCAAGUGUCAGAUGGCCGUGAAUGAGCAAAUCCAGACUUCUGAUGAGUUUUGGAUCAGAGUGCAAGGGCCUACUGGAAGAGGUGGAGGGAAAGGCCUCAUCUUACAGCCUAAAGCUGAUCUCCAAGGUCACAGCAUGGGCACUAUUGGGGCUGCUGUGGGAGCACUAGGCUGCAUGGUGGUGACAGCUCUCGUUGCUGCAUUUGUUGUAAAGAUAAAAAAAACAAGAAGAGACAAUCAGAUAGCAAACAACUCAUGUAAUUUGAACACUGGUGACUCUGCUCCAGGUGAGGUGAUCUAUGCGGUCAUCACUCUUCCUACAGGCUCUGACAGCAUGCUGCUCCAGGAGUGUGAGUCAACAGAAUACGCUUGUAUCAAAUACCAAUAGAAUAAAAAAGCUUUUAAAAAACUGGCCUAGAGCUGCAUGUAGUGUAAAAUUGAUAAGUUUGUUAUCUCCAUUCUUGUUGUAGUUGUCAGGUUGACUAUUUAGGUCUAAGGGAGUAAAAAGAAACAGUGGCUGUUUUUAUAAAAUGCACUUGCUAAUGUGAAUUUUCAAGAGGUUUUUUGAGUGAAACUGUAUGAGCAAAUAUAACUUUCUGAUGUCCAAUGCCAUAUAACCACACUGAAACUAGGCGGUGCCUUUAUGUGUAAUAUGAUAGAAAUUCUACGGUUUUGGAAAGUAUCCCAAAAAAUACACAAAAUGUGGAGUUUUUAAAGGAAUUUUUUUCAUGUUUUUUAACUGACUUGAAUUGCUAUGACAUAUGAUGUGUUAAUCUCUAUUUAAACAAAAUGUUGUAUUGAGACGGAAACAUUGUGCCAAAAAUACCUGGGCUUAAGGUUUUAUCCCACAUCUUACUAGGGCCCUAAAAAUGGGACGAAGAUCGUAUAACCAGGAGCUAAAGUGACAGGAAUCUGAUCAAAAAUAUUUCAGCAUCAAGGGAAAAAAACAAGUAUGCUCUUUUAGGACAUUUUGGGAUUAAGGCUAAGAAGAAGCAUAACUUUAUGACAGGUGCCGGUGAUUUUUUCACCUCUCAGUAGUAGUUUUGGUUAUUUUGUGGAGAUAUUUUAUAUUCUCUUGUUGUGCUGAUGAUUUAAAGUUACUGUCUAUAAUAUACUAAUGUUGUGGAAAAAAUAAUAUGUGGUUAAAGAACUCCAACAAUACUAUUUGUUCAGUUUUAUUGUUACUUUGAUUUCAUGAAGGUCUAAAUCUGUUAUAUUUAAUUAGUGGUCCAAAUGGGGAAAAGUCAACAAUUGAUUAAACAGUAUUUUCCUAUACAUUUACAUGGCAUUUGAUCUUUUUUAGUGUUAUACAUAUCUGUUCUUCAGACAUUUCGAACUGUAAACAAAGUAAACUAUUAAAAAGCAAUUAAGAGUAGGGGUGGAAAAAGGUUUGUGGAAAAUUUCACAAUGAAAUUAGGCUGUGUUAAAAUGGUAACACAUGAAGGGAGCAAAAUCGAGAUUGGAAUUAAUCAAAUGUCAUAGUAACCCAAGACUGCAGACGUAUCACAGAAAUCAUUGCAGCUUAUCAUUUAAAG